GUUACGCGGCCCUUUGAAGAGGCAGUCAUGGUGCCAUCGUCAUCAAUGGUGUAUUCGGCGGAGAUGUUGUCCUGGAGGAAGAGUCCCUCUGGGUCUUUCUUCUGCUGAGCAUACCAUUUGCCUGCAUACUACAAGGACACAAAGAGCGUUCAAAGGAGGACGUGGGUCAGUUUCAGCUGUGGGCUCAGGCUUUGAUGCAGGUCACCUGAUCAGUUUUACUAGAGCAGAUCCUGAUUCACCUUCAACACUAUUAGGAAAACACCUUGCUGAUGACAGUUAGAUUGGACACGGGUUGCCCCUGCUGUGGCAGGCGUCUCAUCUCACGAUUUCUCUUUUUCUCAACCAUUUGAGGAUUAUAUGCUGUAAAUUUUCAGUUGUUUUGUCCUGAAAACUCUUUUGAACUCUUAUUACUUGGCCAUUACCUGCCAGUACUGGGACUGGGCCAGAAGAUCCCAAGAUGAGUGUCCAAAAGGAAGACGUGGAGAAGUUCCUGGAUGGAAACCCAAAUUUUGCCAGGAGCUAUUUUGACAAAAAAGCUCAAACUGGUGCCGUGGCCUCGAUCUUGCGAAUACCAGAGUCGAAAGUGGAUGUGGACACUUUUAAGGAGAUAAGCUCGAUAGAGGAGGGAGCGAUAUUCUACGAUCUCAUUACAGACAUGCAGGAGAACGUCAAUAUGGAGAAGGUGAUUUUUAAGAUUCUGCAGAGAGUCAGCGCUCUGAUCCACGCCGACCGGUGUAGCCUGUUCAUGUAUCGACAACGGAACGGCAUCGCCGAGCUGGCUACACGUCUCUUCAAUGUUAAUAAAGAUUCUGAGCUCGAUGACUGUGUGGUGCCUCCAGACUCUGAGAUCGUCUUCCCUCUGGACAUCGGUAUUGUAGGACAUGUGGCUCAAACCAAGAAGCCCAUCAAUGUGAAGGAUGUUACACAGGAUAGUCACUUCAGCACAUUCGUUGACGAACUUACUGAAUACACCACACGCAACAUCUUGGCCACGCCCAUUAUGAAUGGCAAGGACAUAGUAGCCGUCAUCAUGGCAGUCAACAAGACUAAUGGACCCUAUUUCACAGAUGAAGAUGAGGAUCUUUUUUUAAAGUAUCUGAAAGUUGGCUCUCUGAACCUGAAGAUUUUUCAUCUGAGCUACCUUCAUAACUGUGAAACACGCAAAGGACAGCUGCUGUUGUGGUCAGCUAACAAGGUGUUUGAAGAGCUCACAGACAUUGAACGACAGUUUCACAAAGCUUUGUACACCGUGCGAGCAUACCUCAACUGUGACAGGUACUCUGUGGGGCUGCUGGACAUGACCAAGGAAAAGGAGUUCUUUGAUAUUUGGCCGGUGUUGAUGGGAGAGCAGGCACCUUAUUCUGGCCCUGUAACUCCAGACGGAAGGGAAGUCAUUUUCUACAAAGUUAUUGAUUAUAUUUUGCACGGAAAAGAGGACAUCAAGGUCAUACCAAAUCCACCUGCAGAUCAUUGGGCUUUAUCUAGUGGAUUACCCACAUAUGUAGCAGAAAGUGGAUUUAUUUGCAACAUCAUGAAUGCAGCAGCGGAGGAAAUGUUCAACUUUCAGACGGAAGCUCUGGAUGGCAGUGGAUGGACCAUCAAGAAUGUGCUCUCCCUGCCAAUUGUCAACAAAAAAGAAGAAAUUGUUGGUGUUGCAACUUUCUACAACAGGAAGGAUGGCAAACCAUUUGAUGACCAUGAUGAACAACUCAUGGAGGCUUUGACACAGUUUCUGGGCUGGUCGGCCCUCAACACAGACACCUACGACAAAAUGAAUAAGCUGGAGAACAGGAAGGACAUCGCCCAAGACAUGGUGCUGUACCAUGUCAAAUGUCGAGAUGAUGAGAUUCAAGAUAUCCUUAAAACAAGAGAAUAUUUUGACAGAGAGCCAAGAGAUUGUGAGGAGGACGAGCUUUUGGAGAUUCUGAAAAAAGAGCUGCCUGGCCCAAAAAAGUUUGAGAUCUACGCUUUCCAUUUUUCAGACUUUGACUGCACUGAACUGGAGCUUGUAAAGUGUGGGAUCCAGAUGUACUAUGAAGUUGGAGUGGUUAGAAAGUUUCAGAUCCCUCAGGAGGUUUUGGUGAGAUUCAUGUACUCAGUCAGCAAAGGCUACAGGAAAAUCACCUACCACAACUGGCGCCAUGGCUUCAAUGUUGGGCAAACCAUGUUCACUUUACUCACGACAGGCAAACUGAAGCGGUAUUACUCAGAUUUGGAGGUGAUGGCCAUGAUCACUGCUGGCUUCCUACAUGAUAUCGACCACAGAGGCACAAAUAAUCUCUACCAAGUGAAGUCCCAAAAUCCUCUAGCCAAGCUGCAUGGAUCCUCCAUUCUGGAAAGGCAUCACUUGGAAUUUGGCAAAUUCUUGCUAGGCGAAGAGACAUUAAACAUCUUCCAAAACCUCAACAGAAGACAAACAGAGCACGUCUUCCACCUCAUUGAUAUUGCCAUUAUCGCAACUGAUCUUGCCUUGUACUUCAAAAAGAGGACAAUGUUCCAGAAAAUUGUGGAUCUCUCUGAGACAUAUGAAGAGGAGAAGAAAUGGGUGGACUUUAUGUCCCUUGAAACAACAAGGAAAGAAAUUGUAAUGGCGAUGAUGAUGACAGCGUGUGAUCUCUCAGCUAUCACAAAGCCAUGGGAAGUGCAGAGCAAGGUUGCCCUCUCUGUAGCAGCUGAAUUCUGGGAGCAGGGUGAUCUUGAGAGGACUGUUCUUGAGCAGCAGCCCAUCCCCAUGAUGGACAGGAACAAAGCUGCAGAGCUGCCAAAGCUUCAGUGUGGUUUUAUCGACUUUGUCUGUACUUUUGUCUACAAGGAGUUCUCUCGUUUCCACAAGGACAUUCAGCCAAUGUAUGAUGGCAUUCUGAACAACCGGAUGCAUUGGAAAGCAAGGCAGGAGGAAUAUGAGGCAAAGCUAAAGGCAAUGGAGGAGGCAGCUAAAGCCAAACAGGAAGCCAACAACGCUGCAAAUUCCAACAGCACCAGUGGAUCAGGAUCAGGGUCCAAGACCUGCUCCAUCUGCUAGAGAAAAAACAACUGUACAGAGGGCAGGGCAGCUCGAGAUGCAACCUAGCCUCUAAGCAUUACGUCAAUCAAAUGUGGGGAUGCAACCUCACCACCAGCAUCCCCAAGGAUCUAAUCAAGAGUGAGUGGGAAAACACUAUCAAUGCAUUAUAUGCUAUCAGCAAGCCACAAGACCACCUGCUAACCAAAACACACGUUGGAUCUUGCCUACAGUUAGUAUUACUGUUCCAUUGUGUAUAUUUUGGGUCAUAGUGUUUGGUUUAAGCAUUUUCAUUGGAUGGUAAUCAGUUUCAAUUAAUCACAUUGCAGGAAUAAUCAGAGGUUAAUAUUGCAAAUUCUGAUUUAUAAGAUGAAAACAUUUCCCUCAACCAAUCAAAAAUAUUAGCAUCAUCUAUAAAUUAUUUUUUCUGGAUUGUGUUUCAUUUAGUUCCUCACUGGUGAUCGGUUGCUAUUUAAUAUCAAGCAGGUCCAUGACAAGUUCACACGUGUGUGUAAUCAAAUAAUUAUGUACAAAAAGUUAUUGUACUUUAAAAAUAACUUUUUCUCCAUUUUGUAAUUGCAAUAAUGUUCCAUUUAGUGUCACGUGCUACUUUCCUUGAACAUAAAGGCCAUUAUAUGAGUGAUAUGCAUUUUUACGACAUUCAUUCCCUCUAAAAGUGAUCACAUUGUACAGCUUAGAAGCUAGCUUUCAGAUUGCUAAACGUAAGAAUUUUAUUUGACUUCGGUAGGUGAGACUUUAGUGUGCAAUAAAAUAUAGCUUCUGCUAAGCAAGAUAUGAGUACAAUGGUGGUCAACAUGUAUAAAGACUGGGUUUAAAGUUAUAGUUGUUUUUAUUUCUGACAGGAAAUGCGCAAUUGUCCUUCAGACUUAUUUACAUCAAGUGCUGUCAUGGGUGUUUUUUUUACUGAGCAAUGUCCCGUUACUCCGUUUCUCCACUGUUGGGACAUGCGUUCACAGAGAAAACUAAUUCCAGUGGCCUUGAUACCAUUCAUCUGUUGAGUUCUCAGCUGACCUGUCAUCACACCGAACCUUGACAAGUCUGUGAUUAAAUUCACGAAGGUAUUCAGAUUCGGGCAUAUUUUUUCCCUUUUAUGUCUGACUUUUAUAGGAAACAAGUUUCUCUUUCACUGGUUGUCUGUAAAACAUCUUGAAAACAUCAGUUGUGAAUCUAAUUGUGUCAAUAUACGUAAAAUAUUCAUGAAGUACGACUUUACAUAGUUUUAAAGGAAAUACUAUGAAGGUGCGUUUUAGCGCACUUCAUGAACUGUACGUGCUUAUUAUACAGAGCCGCUGCUUCUGAUUCACAGAUAAUAAAGGUUUAAUUUAAGUAGUGAAGUUUCAGGCAGUAGAGAAGAAUUGAUUGAUGUGUCAGAACUGACAGUGGGGGCCCGGUUUUUAGACUUGUUUGACACAAAUGUGAUUUACUUGCAGAGCAAGUUUCAUCAUUGUUUUUGACAAGAAUUUGAUUAUUUUGAUUCAUCUUCAAAUAUGAUGCUCUCCAACCAUCCACAAUGCAGCAUCAAACAUGGGUGAUUCCAAUAAAAUUGGUAAAAAUGUAAAGCUUCACUUUGUAUGCUCAAUACCAUGACAAUUAAAGCAUAUAUUUUUAUGAACUUUGUGUUUUUUAUACACAUACUUAGAUGACCAUUUCAAAUAAUUUUUUUUUUUUAACAUUUCUAUCCAUCAAAGAAUCCUGAAAAAUGCAUCCAGAAAAAUAUUAAGCAGAAGAACAAGUGUUUUCAACAUUGAUGAUAAUUAGAAAUGUUUCUUGAGGAGCAAAUCAACAUAUUAGAAUGAUUUCUGAAGGAUCAUGUGACACUGAAGACUGGAGUAAUGGUGCUGAAAAUUCAGCUUUGCCAUCACAGGAAUGAAAAAAAUCUUACCAAGCUCAAACUUGUGAAUGGCAUCACAUAAAAGCAAUAACAAUAGUAAUCUGAGAGGAUUUGAUUCUCUUCACACAUCUGCUCAGUGACUCACUCGAUAAGAAAGCCUCUUAUCCCAUGAGAACUAUCAGCAGUUUCCACCCUUCCCUUCCUAGAUGACUAGGUGUCAUCUGCAAAGAUUAUCUGAACAGCUACACAUCCCUACAUAUUCCAUUUCACAAUAAAUCCUCUGACAAUAUUCUUACAAGACUUUCCAUGUUUUUGUCUCUGUUAAGGCUCAUUCACACAAAGAGCAAUAACUAGAACAAUAAAUAUAUAGUUCUAAAAAUCAUUCUGAAUAUAAAAGAAUAGAAGAGUCCACCACAACCAUAACGGUAACAGCACAGAGGAGUGAUCUCAUUGGAGUCACUUUCAGAAUGAUUUUUUUUUUCCAGCUGAUGAACGAUAAAAACAAUGACAGCCAAUCAGAAUCCAUCCCGCUUUAAAGAGCUCGAGCAGUUAAAGCAGCAGACAACAAAACUCAGUGUGCGCUUAUAAUAAACAGAGCGUUAUCGUCCGCUGGUGUGGACGCCAAUAUAGUUAUCGUUCUUGGUGUGAACGGGCCUUUAUACUCUUAGCAUUUCUGGGAUUCAGAUAAACUCUGAAGAAAUGUUGUGUAUAAAUUAAGGAAAGCAGUUUUGAGACAUCUAAACAAAUGUAUAUCUUGCUUUUUCAAAUAGUUAAUGAAGUGUAGCACUGCAGCUAAGUAGCUGUGAAGCAUUUGUACAAAAUCAGCACUUGUACUGUAUUGGCUUGACCUAAAUCCUGGGAUUUAUGGUAAACCAUGGUCAGGUUAUACAACUGUCCUCCCUCUAUAAAUGUCACUACAGCAAUGCAGAAAAGACAG